CAUGCAGUUAGGUUGAUACAAUAGCUUUGAAUUUUGGUACUAUCUAUUCAAAAACCCGUCUCCAUUUCUUCACAAACAAAACCUUACUCCCGCUCUUUUGCCAUUUCUCUCUGCCCAAAUCUGAUUCCUCAAUCAUUCCAGAACUCUGAAUUUUGAAUUCAAACUUGUCAAUCAAAAAAGAGAAAUUGGUAUCCAAUAAACAAUGAGGGAAGAAGAAAUUGAGAGGCUAAGAGGUGUUGUGAGGGAUUGUGUGAGUAAGCAUUUGUAUUCUUCAGCCAUCUUCUUUGCUGAUAAAGUAGCUGCAAUUACUUCAGACCCAGCUGAUAUAUACAUGCAAGCACAAGCUUUGUAUCUUGGUCGACACUAUCGCCGUGCCUUUCACCUUCUUAAUGCUUCUCAAAUCGUUCUUCGUGAUCUCCGCUUCCGAUACCUAGCUGCCAAGUGCCUCGAAGAACUGAAGGAGUGGGAUCAAUGUCUUCUAAUGCUGGGUGAUGCUAAAGUGGAUGAACAUGGAAAUAUUACUGACACAAGGGAGUGCAACAGCAUGUACUUAGACAAGGAUGGCGAAGAUCGUGAAAUAAAUAUUUUAUCAGCAAUAUGUUUUUUGAGGGGAAAGGCAUAUGAAGCGUUGGAGAAUCGUGCACAGUCUCGACUAUGGUAUAAAGCUGCUAUCAAGGCUGAUCCUUUGUGUUAUGAGGCAUUGGAAUGUCUGAUAGAGAAUCACAUGCUCACUUGUGAUGAAGAGAGAACCGUGCUCUCAUGUUUGCAAUUUGGUCCUGAAGAUGGGUGGCUCUCUUCAUUCUAUUCUUGUUUGGUAAAGAAGUAUGAUAAAGAAAAUGUGGUGGAAGCCAAAUUUAGAGAACUGGAACAGAGUGGACCUAAUACAAAGCUGUCGGACAAAUCUGUUUUGUGUACACUUAAAGCCAACACUGAUCUUUUGGCCUGCAAAGCCGAGUACUAUCAUCAAUGCGGUGAAUAUCAGAAAUGCUUUGAACUAACAUCUGAAUUGCUUGAAAAGGAUCCGUUCCACCUCAAGUGUACCCUGGUGCACUUAGCAGCAGCAAUGGAGUUGGGACAUUCCAAUGAGCUGUAUCUUAUGGCUUGCAAUUUAGUGAAGGAUUAUCCUCAAAAGGCUCUGUCAUGGUUUGCUGUCGGUUGCUACUACUAUUGUAUCAAGAAAUAUGACCAAGCACGCCGCUAUUUUAGUAAGGCAACAAGCUUAGAUGGAACAUUUGCUUCAGCUUGGAUAGGAUAUGGAAAUGCUUAUGCAGCUCAAGAAGAAGGAGACCAGGCAAUGUCAGGUUACCGCACUGCUGCUAGAUUAUUUCCUGGGUACCAUUUGCCUACUUUGUACAUUGGAAUGGAAUAUAUGCGAACUCACAGCUUUAAACUAGCUGAGCAGUUUUUUAUGCAGGCUAAGUCAAUAUGUCCCUCAGAUCCACUUGUAUAUAAUGAGCUUGGAGUUGUUGCUUAUCAUAUGAAGGAGUAUAAGAAAGCAGUGCGGUGGUUUGAGAAAACAUUGUCUCACAUUCCAUCUUCCUUAAGUGAGAUGUGGGAAUCAACAGUAAUCAAUCUUGCUCAUGCCCUCAGAAAAUUAAAGAGGUACAAUGAGGCAAUUGCAUAUUAUGAGAGAGCCCUUGCAUUGUCUACGAGAAGUCUAACUACUUAUGCUGGUCUUGCAUACACUUACCAUCUCCAGAAUAAUUAUACGGCAGCUAUUACAUACUACCACAAGGCAUUGUGGUUCAAGCCGGAUGAUCAAUUCUGCACAGAAAUGUUAACUUUAGCUCUUGCUGAUGAAAGCCGCCAUGGGAUUGACCCAAUAGUUGAAUCUCGUUCUGGUGGUCUAUUUAUGUAAUGUGGAACUUGAGGAAGAGAAUUCUCUGGUAAUGUUAUUUAUAUGAGAUUUUUUAUGAUGAUUUCUCCAAAAGGUUGGGAAAAAAAUCUACAAGAUUUACUUUUAUCUUGUAUCAUAGACUAGUAGGAGCAGGUGUCGAUAAAUUUGUAUCGUAGCUAGUUCUAGCAGUUGAAACCCAUGUAACGACUGUACUACCUAUCAGAAAAAGAAAAACCACAAUAUGAUGCAUUGUUUAUUUCUUCCA